CCGGCCUCCAUGUGACAGGAGAAACUGUACUACCCAAUGCGCUGCGCAUGGAUCGAGUUACUGAGUUCUGGCCUCUCGCGCCGCUGCUCACUUCAGUCAGUCAGCAGUCAGUCUCAGCCGGGCGGGUGCAGGCGCACCGACACACCGCUCCACACUCACUCUCCGCCUUCUCACAUCCAUUCAGCUUCAUUCCGAAGAUGACCGUGAGCACUGCGGGUACAUCCACGAGCCUCACCUCCUCCAACCGCGGAGAGUAGAUCCGGAGCCGAGGAGAGAGAGAGCGAGUAACCCACCUCUCUCUCGUCUCUCCCCAUCAUCUGCCUCAAACCGACAGCCGAAGACAGCCCAAAUCUCGAUCUCACCCACAAACACUCCUGCUUUUAGCUCUCGAGACGCGUCUCGUCGGUCGGGAUAUUGUGGAAGUAAUUUUAACGCAAGGAUUUUGUUUGCUCUGUUCGCUGAGGAUGGAUAAUAUCAACGUGGAGUCGGUGGAGAAGGAGUGCGGGGCGCUCGGUGGAUUAUUCCAGGCGAUUGUCAAUGAUAUGAAGUGUUCAUAUCCCAUCUGGGAAGACUUCAAUGCCAAGGCCACCAAACUGCACUCUCAACUCCGAACCACUGUACUUGCAGCCGUGGCCUUUUUGGAUGCCUUUCAGAAGGUGGCAGAUAUGGCAACCAACACAAGAGGCGCCACAAGGGACAUCGGAUCAGCGCUGACCCGCAUGUGUAUGAGACAUCGCAGCAUUGAGGCGAAACUACGCCAUUUUACUAAUGCUUUGAUGGAGAGCCUGAUCACUCCUCUACAAGACCGUAUUGAAGACUGGAAGAAGACAGCCAAUCAGCUGGACAAAGACCACGCCAAAGAGUACAAACGCUCUCGCCAUGAAAUCAAGAAGAAAUCUUCAGACACAAUGAAAUUACAGAAGAAAGCCAGGAAAGGCCGGGGCGAUCUUCAGCCUCAGCUGGACAGCGCGAUGCAGGACGUGAAUGACAUGUAUCUGCUGAUGGAGGAGACGGAGAAGCAGGCAGUGCGGCGGGCUCUCGUGGAGGAGAGAGGGCGCUUCUGUACCUUCAUCAGCUUCCUGCAGCCUGUCGUGAAUGGAGAAAUCGCCAUGUUGGGAGAGAUCACUCACCUACAGGCCAUUAUUGAUGACCUCACAGUGUUAACCUCUGACCCCCACAAACUGCCCCCAGCCAGUGAGCAGGUAAUCAAAGAUCUUAAGGGUUCCGAUUACUCAUGGUCCUACCAGACUCCCCCUUCUUCACCCAGCAGCUCAGGCUCCAGGAAGAGCAGCAUGUGCAGCAGUGUAAACAGCGCGCAUAGUAGCGCGUCUCGGUCCUCUGGUGGCUCUCAGACUCACUCACCCAGUUCGUCCUGUCGCUACCGCAGCCUGGCCCAGCCGCUCACGACCGCAGCUCACCGCCUCAGCAGUGUCUCGUCCCACGACUCCGGCUUCAUCUCACAGGACGCCAACGUCUACUCCAAACCCCCGUCACCCAUGCCCUCCGAUAUAACCAGCCAGAAGUCCUCCAGUUCAGCGUCCUCAGAGGCGUCUGAGACCUGUCAGUCAGUGAGUGAGUGUAGCUCUCCAACAACAUUUGGCUCGUCCUUCGCUACCUUCCGCCCUGCUCUCUCUCACACUGGCUCCAUCAGGCCUUUCUCUGUCAUUCUUCCUGCGUCCCCACCCUAUAACCGCUCCCCCGGAUCCAACACACCCUCUCCCACAUCCAAGGUUCCUUGCUGGAAGGAUUGGUCAAAGGUAGGUUCGAGCGAUCAGCCGCUGGCCAGCACCCUUCAGAGGAGGAAAGAGCCUGUGGCAGAAACCUCUCCUCAGUCACAGGGAUAUUCAGAAGAUCCCCAGAGGCCAAGGAUGACCCCGGCCACUAUAGCCGCCAAGCACGGUGAGGAGGUCUCUCCAGCUGCGAGUGAUCUGGCCAUGGUGCUCACUCGAGGCCUCAGCAUGGAGCAGCAGAAGAGCAGCCGCGACUCCCUUCAGUACUCCAGUGGAUACAGCACUCAGACAACCACCCCAUCCUGCUCAGAAGACACCAUCCCUUCACAGGGCUCCGAUUACGACGGUUACUCAGUGAAUGGAGACACUGAGGCCGAUGGUCAGGCUGAAUUUGAUAAAUCCUCCACGAUUCCCCGCCACAGUAAUAUCGCCCAGAACUACCGCCGCAUGAUACAGACUAAGCGUCCUGCUAGCACAGCAGGUCUACCAAGCGGAGUGGGUGCUCUGGGCGGACCACCUGGUGGAGGGGGUGGUAUCCCCGGUACGGCCACUAUCCGCCGAACACCAUCUACAAAGCCCGGGGUGAGACGCACCCUUUCCAAUGCUGGGCCUAUUCCUAUACGCCCACCCAUCGUGCCAGUCAAGACCCCCACUGUGCCUGACUCACCCGGCGGGUCCACUGGUCCUCCCGCUCGUGUGGGCAGCGAAGAAUGUGUCUUUUAUGUGCCCGAUGACGCCUCCCCAGGAGCUCUGGAGUACGUGAAGGCCUCUCCAAAGAGGCUGAGCCUGCCAAACACUGCUUGGGGUUCAGGUGGCGUAGGUGGCCUGGAAAUGAGUGUAUAUGGGCAACCAGGCGAAGAAGAUCACCUGCUAGCCGCCAAUCGCCACAGUCUGGUGGAGAAGAUUGGGGAGCUGGUGGCAAGUGCUCACGCCUUAGGUGAGGGCCAGUUCCCUUUCCCCUCACUUCCGAACCAGCCACCGCCAGGCCCCGAAGCCCAAGUUGACCCCGAAGCGGCCCAGGAGGAAGGGGACAUGCUGAAGUCUAUCCGUCGAGGGGUGCGACUGCGCAAAACCGUCUCCAACGACCGCUCUGCACCCCGGAUUUUGUGAUGCCUCCUGGAGAGAUGGGAGAAUAAGAGUGAAGUAACCCAGAAAAAAGAUAAAACUUCACAAUGACUCUUUUUAGAGAAGGAGCUAUGAAAAAGAGGAUUAAAAAUUAAAUGUUUAAAGUCAUUAUAGAAAAUAAUGAAUAACAGUAACGAAAAAAAAAAGUAAAUGAUAUGUAACAGCAGGCUCAAGCCACUAUAACUCUUAGCGUGUCCGAACGCAUGUUUGUCUUAUUAACACGCCCAUCACCACGGGAUAGUCGAACUGUAGUCAGACAAAUUAACUACUGAAAGAACAAGGGACCAGGAUGUUUGGGGGAUUAUUUUUUGUGGUCUCCUCCAGAUUUUGGCAUGGUCCCCCAAGAAUUAAGGCCCUACCCAAAUGAUGGAUCCCAGGAGUCAGUGCUGGAGAAGCUCAUGGGGUUUGCAGGGUCUUGCCCUCCACAGUGCUCUCUCUAACCCCGCCCUCACCUCCAGAAAAUCUGACAUCACUUGAUGAAAGUGUAGCGGUUUUGGCUGUCAUGUGUUGGUCUGCAGGCUGGAGGUGAGCAGGGCUCUGCUGCAGGUCAGCUCGUGGUUGCAUAGAGGGACGCCAUGUAUCUUUUAUUUGUACACUUCCGUUGUCUUGUUUUAUUUACGAGCAGUCGCUAGACAUUUUUGUCAGGUAUGUGGAUUUUUGUAGAAUUAGGGUGAAAAUGUCAUGAUAAUGUGGAGCAAUAAUGAUUUUUUCCUUUAGUUUUUUCUUUGUUAGGGGAAGGUUUGGAAGAUGUUUUUGAUGUUCAGGUGUCUUCGGAGUAGCAGAUGCUUUCGAAGACUUCUUGUGGCUUAUUUAAAAAUGGGAAAUAGAAAGGAGGCAGAGCACUUUUAAGGUGUAGUUUUGACCACUAGUUGUCACUGUGGCCACACUGUGUGUGGUGAAUGCUGUGAGACGGCGCGGUCACAUGUCCUGGUACAUAGGGAGGUGAAUGCAUAUAGCAAUGUCAUGAAAUAGGAGAAGGGAUGUGACGCAGAGAUUGCGGGAAGAAUAUUAUUUUGGCAACAAUUGUUCAGUUUGUUAACAAUAACGGUUAAUGAGUGUCAUGAAAUAACAGUACAGUGUUUAUUCAGCUCCAUAGGUUAAAUGUUAAUAUUUACUCAUUAUAAAAAUAGAUUAAAUUGUUGAUAUGUUCAGCUGUAUG